AUCUAGCGACUCGUAGUGGCAGGUCCAUGUGAAUGUCGCCGGUGGGAGGCUUUGUAACGUCGGAAUAGAAAAGGUGAGACUGGAAAUCGCGAUCGCUGUCGUUAAAGUGCUCGUCCGCCAUUCGGGCGUGAUGAACUGCGCCUGCGGUUGUGGAUCCGUCUGGCUGUCAGCAGGAUCUUUAUAGCGCCUCCCUCUUUAACAGGCAAGUGUCUCAGUUGUUUGAGUGACAUGUGGAAGCAGACCGCUUAAUUGUGACCCGGUUAGCUGUCAACUACAAAGCCUCCUCAGAUGACCGCCAGGCUUUUGGGCCGAUGGGCUCGCCUGUUGUCCCGAUGCCCCCAAGCUUCUGCAUCCGCCGCCCGCCUGCAGGCGCCCACAGCCCAGCCAGCAGAGCCACUGAGGUCCCAGGUCCAGAUAAGGUCCGCUGUCAGACCCCUGUGCCUGGGCCGGGGAAGGGCUCAGGAGGAGGAGCCAAAUGUCACGUUCAAACGCACAGAACUGGACGUGCUUGUUGAGAAGGCGACCACUCCGCAAGAGGUGCUGCAGGCGUGGGAAGAUCUAGGCGGUUCACCCAAUCAGGCGGCCUCGUGUCUGAUCCAGCUCAGCCGGCUGGUGGUGGAGAAAGGAGGAGCAGAUGCCUCGGAUGUCCUGAAGGACCCUCGCUGUGUGGAUCUGCUGGAGACAGUGAAUUCUCAGGUGUCAGUGAUAUGGAAUGGUACGCUGGUGUCCCUGCUGCGCUCUCUCUCCAGCCUGGGUCUCACCCCCAGCGCUACAGUGCUGCGCUCUCUUCAGACUGAGGCGCUGUGGAGGCUUCGGCGCCUCACCUACCGGCAGCUGUCCUACCUGGUGGACUGGGCAACCAGCCGCCACAGUCAGGGGCAAGGGGACGAGGCUCUGACCACAGCUGUGCUGAAGCAGCUAGAGUUGCGCUGGACAGAGUUGAGUGACCCACGAACGGUCAGCACCCUCAUGGGCCGUGCAACACAGCUCUCUCCGUUCCUAAUGGACAAACUGGAAGAUAAGGCUCUGGAGCUGGCGGAGAAGUUCAGUGCCGAGGACAUCCGCAAGGUGGCGCUGGCUUUGGCAUCUCAGGGACGACGAGCGGUGCCACUCCUGCGGGCGCUGUCAUACCACCUGCACCAGAAGCCCUCCUCCGAACUCAAAACACCUCUGCUGCUGGACAUUGCAUUCGCUUAUGGUAAGCUGAAUUUCCACCAGACUCAGGUGUUCCAAAGGAUGGCUGCAGAACUGUUGCCAAGGUUACCAGAGAUGAGCUCCACCGACGUCACACGCUGUUCGAAGUCCCUGGCCUUCCUGAAGUGGCUCCACCUGCCUCUCUUUGAGGGUUUUGCACAGCACUUCCAGAGUAACAGUGAAAAGUACAGCACUCUGCAGCUCUGUAACCUCCUCAUGUCCUUCGCCAAGCUCAACUUCCAGCCCAGCAACAGAGAGGAGUUCUACAGAAGGGUUCAUGAAGCCCUGGAAGGCUCUUGGCAGGGAUUGGAGCCUUUUCUUCUGACGGACGUGGUGUGGUCUCUCUGCGUGCUGCAGCAGGCCAAACCCGAAUUUAUCACUGCUGUUACUGACCCUGACUUUCAAACCAAACUUUCAGGUGGCAGCCCUGUUCGCACAGAGAACUACAGGCUGAAGCUGCUUCAUGUUGCUGCUUCUGGCCAGCUAGAGUCUCUUGGAGCCCUGGGCCUCCAUCCAACUAUCCACUUACCGGCCGUCCAGGCCAAAGCACCCACCCUGACAUCCCUGCAGAGUGGCCUGCACGCAGCCCUCCAGAGCCUGACCAGCAGUUGUACGACUGCCCUUCGCACUAACGUCAAUACAGUAUACGGCUGGACUAUAGAUGCAGAGUUGGUGGUGGAUUCAGAAAAUAAGCCUAUUAGCUUGGAGAAACUCGUAGCUCCACACUUACCUGGAGGGGGCGGGUCAGAGCAAUUACCUCAGGGAGCGCGCAGGCUGGCAUUCCUGGCUUGGGAGUUCCCUCAUUUUGGCUCCAGGAGUAAAGAUCUACUUGGACGCUUUGCCAUGCAGAAACGCCACCUACAGCUGGCUGGGUUUCUGGUAGUUGAGGUGCCAUACUUUGAGUGGCUGGAGUUGAAGUCCGAUUGGCAGAAAGUGGCCUACCUGAAGGAUAAGAUGGGGAAAGCAGUAGCUGAGGACAUGGCCAAGUGAGCCAGUGGACUGCAGCAUAUCCUCAGACCAAAGCAUCGUUGAAAUCUAUUGAAUAUAUCCAACCAGAGACAAGCAGGAUGUGGUAAUGUCAGAAGACGUUGAACGUGAUUUCAUAUUCACCCAUUUACCCGGACAUGCAGAGCGUCUACAUCAAAGCAUCUCCAAGAACAAUGAUAACAGUAGUCAGUCAGCAUCUACAUCUGUAUGAAUCAAAACAGGCAACACUGGAUUCUCUUCUGGAACAAAAAUGAAAUGAACAGUAGAUCAUUAUGCUACUGUGCAUUGAGUCUGAGAGCCAAGCGUGGGUUCUGAGGUGGAUCUCCAACUGGCCUGAGUGGAAUACCAGAAAGAUACACUGCUAUUUCUGUCAUAUCACCAUGCUUGUAGUUUGCUUAUCAAACUCGCCAUAAGAUAUUUGAAAUUUUGCUUCCUUAAAAGCUUUUAGAAUAUUAUAAAUACACCCAUCAGGCAUAACAUUAUGACCACCGCCUUGUUUCUACACUCGUUGUCCAUUUUAUCAGCUCCACUUACUAUAUAGGUGCACUUUGUAGUUCUACAGUUACAGACUGUAGUCCAUCUGUUUCUCUGAUACUUUGUUAGCCCCCUUUUACCC